UUUAAUGUGUCUUAAAACAUGUCUGGAGGGGAUCUUUAAAUUUAAUUUUAUAAUUUAAGUUAAAUCAUCCAGAAAGUGGCGUGUGUUCAGUUUAUGCUGCAUAUUGAUAUUCUCUGUUUGUAAUAGGUCAAUAAAAAUUAUUUAGAGACUCUCUGAUUGGUGCAAACCGUUGUCAUUAACACGUGGGCCAGAUCUGAUUGGUCGACGUCACAUUUUUGUGGGACAUGCAUUUGACAGGAGGAAGUAGCGACGUUCUAGGAAACAAGGGAGCUCCUUUCUCGGGAGGUUACAUGACAUAAAAUAACAUCUGUAAUGUAAGGCCGCUAAUUCACAAUUUGUGGAAAGAUAUGCCUUAAUGUAUUUCAUACGUGAGUAUGUUAAAGGAAUGCUUUUUUCAAUGCAUGUGUGUUUUUUCCCUCAGAGAUAUCGGCUGUGUUGCUGCAGCUUGCUAGCUUGACUCGCGCUGGCGGUUAGCGUCUUAUUUCAGGCGGUUACACUUUCCAGUCUCCCUUUUUUGUGUGUUAAAUGGCUACAUUUUUCUCUAAUUUCCAGUAAGUGUCAGACUACGCUUUUCGCAUUAAAACCAACAAUUUUGUUAAUCUUGCCAACAUACCAGGUUCGCGUUAUUACGGAGGCUAAGGUCAGCUAGCUGUUUGAUAACUGGUUAAAUGCUGAUGUGACAGGUAGGUUUUUGUUUGUGGUACAUUUGACUAAAAGCCGCUUUACGGUUAUGGUGAUAAUGCAGCCAGGUGUCAACACUGCAGCCGGUGAAGCGCAGCCUCGCUCCGGUGUGAGCUGCUCUGAAGCAGCCGAUGACUCACUGAGAAGAUGAGAAAAACCAAACCAUGCUGCCUCUCUAACUGAGCUGAGGCCAGCAUAAGGGAGACGACUUCUCGUCCGUACAUCAUCCAGAUGAGGCAUGCUGGAAGUAUGCAGCCCGUGUACAGAAGAGAUGCUGGAGUCUGGCACCAAACAAGAAGUCUUCUUUACAAGAAUCUGCUUAUCAAAUGGAGGACCAAGCAACAGAGUUUGCAGGAACUGAUCUUACCUCUGCUGCUGCUGGGUCUGCUGAUACUCAUCAGCACCCUGAACCCUCACGUUUAUUAUGGAGGCAUCAGCACCAUGGAGCUGGAGCGGGACGACCACUUCUUCAAAGGCCUGGGAUACACACCAAUCACUAACAUCACCAACCACAUCAUGGAGGAGGUGGCCCAAGAGAUGCACAUGCAGGAUCAUCUGGAGAUGUUUGCCAGCGAGGAGGACCUGGAGAACGCCAGCCUGUACGAGCCGUCCAGCUACGUCGGCGUUGUGUUCAUGGACAGCUCUGCCACGUCUUAUAGGCUGCGCUUCCCGUACAACCAGCUGCCCCUUCCCAGCGAUUACACAGAAUCCAUCGCCAACUGCUUCGCCAGCUCGGUGAACUGCAGAGCGGCUAAUUACUGGUACUCCGGCUUCAUCCGCCUCCAGUCUCUGAUCGAUGCCGCCAUCAUCCAGAUGCAGACGAAGCGCUCGGUGUGGAGCGAGAUGGACCUGAAGGUGGUGAUGAUGGGUCAGCCGGGCUCCGUGGAGGUGCAGAAAUUCCCGCACGCCCUCAUCUCCAUCUACCUGGUUCUGGCUUUCACACCCUUCGUCACUUUCCUCAUCGUCAACGUGGCAGCUGAGAAGGAACACCGCCUCAAAGACACCAUGACCAUGAUGGGGCUCUACGACACCUCCUUCUGGUUGUCGUGGGGCCUCCUGUAUGCCGCUCUGGUGACCACCAUGUCCAUCCUGAUGUCCAUCAUCGCUACGUACACGGCCCUGUUCCCUAACAGCGACUUCUUUGUCAUCUUUUUCCUCAUCUUCCUCUAUGGAAUAUCAUCUAUCUUUUUCUCCUUCAUGCUGACUCCGUUAUUUAAGAAGCCCAAGUUUGCCAGCACGGUGGGCUCCAUGCUGACGGUGGUGUUCGGCUGCCUGUCGCUGUUCACCGUGCUGAUGAAGGACUUCCCGCAGCCACUGGUCUGGCUCCUCUGUCUGCUCUCCCCCAGCGCCUUCUCAAUCGGGAUUGCACAGGUGGUUUACCUGGAGGCUCAGGGAGACGGUGCUGUGUUCUCCUCUCUGGCUAACGGCCCUCAUCCUCUCUACGUGCCCCUGCUCAUGCUGGUUGUGGACUGCAUCCUCUACCUUCUGUUGGCUGUCUACCUGGACCAGGUGCUGCCAGGUGAGUUUGGAAUGAGGAGGUCCUUGUUGUACUUCCUGAAGCCGUCCUAUUGGUCCAAACGCAGAAAGCGCUACGUUGAAGUGAGCUCGGUGUACGACACGGAGGUGAACGGCACACCCGGCGGGGACGAGUCCGUCGAGCCCGUCUCACCCGAGUUCAGAGGGAAAGAGGCCAUCCGCAUCAACAACAUCUGCAAAGUGUACAAAGAGAAGGACAACGUGGUGGAGGCUCUGAGAGGCUUGACGUUUGACAUCUACGAGGGUCAGAUCACGGCUCUGCUGGGACACAGCGGGGCGGGAAAAUCCACUCUCAUGAACAUCCUGUGCGGCAUCUGCCCGCCCACCAACGGCUCGGCUACCAUCUACGGCUCCCCUGUGGCAGAGAUUGCAGACGGGUCGGAAAUGAAACAGCUGGUGGGAAUUUGCCCCCAGUUCAACAUCAUCUUUGAUGUGCUCACCGUGGAGGAGCACCUGAAGAUAUUUGCCGCCAUCAAAGGGAUCCCGCCGGCAGACAUCGAUGCUGAGGUUUCCAAAGUGCUGAAGGAUCUGGACUUGGAGAAGAUCAUGACUGCUCAGGCCAAGAAUCUGAGCGGAGGCCAGAAGAGGAAGCUGUCCGUGGGCAUCGCCAUUCUAGGAGAUCCCAAGAUCCUGCUCUUGGACGAGCCCACGGCAGGCAUGGACCCCUGCUCCAGACAUCAGGUCUGGUCGCUGCUGAAGAACCGCAGAGCCGGCAGGGUCACUGUGCUCAGCACACACUACAUGGACGAAGCCGACAUCCUCGCUGAUCGCAAAGCUGUGAUUUCUCAAGGACAGCUGAAAUGUGUCGGCUCUUCCUUGUAUCUCAAGAUCAAGUGUGGUGUCGGAUAUCAUCUCAGAAUGUCUAUCAAUGAGGAAUGUGAAGCUGAGCAGAUCACGUCAUUGGUUGAGAGGCACGUUCCCAAAGCGAAGUUGGCUCGGCAACACGAGGCAGAGUUGACCUUCACUCUGCCCUUUGAGAGCAUGGACACUUUUUCAGGCUUGUUCUCUGAGCUCGACUGUCAACCUAAUCUGGGAAUUAUCAACUAUGGGGUUUCCAUGACGACACUGGAGGAUGUUUUUCUCCGUUUGGAGGCAGAAGCUGAAGUGGACCAAGCUGACUACAGCGUGUUCAAUCGGGAGCAGACGGAGGAUGAAUCCGACAACUUCUCUCAGGACGACACGGACCAGCGGCUGCUGACGUUCUCGGACAGCAAGUCAGAUGUGGUGUCGGGUCACGCUCUGUGGCGACAGCAGUUCAGCGCCGUGGCCUGGCUGCACAUGCUCAACAUGCGCAGGGAGAGGAAGGCCUUCAUUUAUACUCUGGCCUUGUUCCUGGUGUUUGUCGCCGCCGUGCUCGUCCUGUCUCUGGCAACGGGAAACAUCCAGAUUCACUCGCCGGACCGUCAGUUCCUGCCCAUUUACCUCCUCAAAAGGAACCAGGCACCCCGGAGAUACACCACCAGCCUCCUGGUCCAGAACUCGUCAGGCUCUGAUAUUUCCGACUUCAUCCACAACCUGGAGUCUCAGGACAUCAAGGUGGAAAUGAUGAAACAGGGCGACUACAUGGCCGCAGCUCCUCACAGCGCUGCCAUCAACGUAACAGGAUCCAGCAAGGGUUUCAGAUACAGCGUUGCGUUCAACAGCACCACGGUCCACUCCUUACCUAUGGCUGUCAACAUACUAAGCAACGCUCUUCUAAGAGGUCUGAACGGUUCCGGACACAUCCGAACGUGGACCAAACCCUUUGAUUAUCAAAUCCCGGACGCCACGUCGUACGCGCUGGUCUACAUAGAGGCCAUCAUACUGGGGAUGCUGGCAGCUGGGAUGCCGGCCUAUUUCGCCAUGGACCACACCCGGGACAGAGAGAUCAAGUGUCGCUCUACGCUGCGUAUCUCUGGUCUGGUGCCGUCAGCGUACUGGUGCGGUCAGGCGGCAGUGGACAUCCCCUUUUACUACCUCAUCCUGUCCUGUAUGAACAUCAUCCUCUUCUCUUUCCACACUGGAAACCUGCUCAACUCCAGUAACCUCACUGCUGUGGUGCUGUGUACUGUUGGUUUCGGUCCAGCUAUGAUCCUCUUCACUUACGUGUUCUCUUUCGGCUUCGCUCGAGUCCAGAGCAACAGGGAUUUCUUCUCUGUCAUCUCCAUGAUGGUGUGCGUGGUGUCGGCGUCGGUGGUCCAGCUGUCGUUUGUGAACGACAACCCCGGACUGACCAGAAACCUGCACAACGCCUUGUGUUUCUUCAACCCUCUGUACCCUCUCAUGGGCUGCCUCAACUGCAUCACCAAGGCGACGUUUCUCCCGUCUCUGUAUGAGGAGAACUUCUUGUGGAAGAACCUGCUCAUUGCAGUCGUAGCUCCUUAUCUCCAGUGCAUCGUGCUGCUCUUCCUGCUCCGCUGGCUGGAGAUCCGUUACGGAGGGAGGACGAUGAAAAACGAUCAGUUCUGCAGGAUCUCAUCCAAGUCGAAGCCUAAAGUGGAGAGGAACCCAGAGGAAGGACUGAACGAGGAUGAGGAUGUACAGAUGGAGAAGGCCAGAGUGAAGGAGGCUCUCAGCUGCCAGUCCUGUGAGGAGAAGCCGAUGGUGGUCGUGAGUAACCUGAGGAAACAGUACAAAGGCAGAAGAGAAGGUUUUUCUCUCAACAAGACGAGGAAAGUGGCCACAAAGAACAUCUCUUUCUGUGUUCGUAAAGGUGAGGUUCUCGGACUGUUGGGGCCCAACGGAGCAGGAAAGAGCACCAUCAUGCACAUGCUGUCAGGUGACACUGACCCCACUGCAGGACAGGUGCUGAUGGGAGAUUACAGCACAGAGUUUCGAUCGACAGACAACCCGCUGGAGCACGUUGGCUACUGUCCGCAGGUGAACCCUCUGUGGCCCCGGAUCACUCUGCAGGAACACCUGGAGAUCUACGCCGCCAUCAAGGGCCUGAGAGGACAGGACGUACCGGGUAUCAUCAAACGUGUGGUGAACGCUCUGGAGCUGAAGGAUCAUCUGAACAAACAAGCAAAGAGUCUGUCAGCAGGACUGAAGAGGAAGUUGUGUUUUGCGUUGAGUAUGAUCGGGAAUCCUCAGAUUGUUCUACUGGAUGAGCCGUCGUCGGGGAUGGACCCCAAAUCUAAACAACGCAUGUGGAGAGCCAUACGCGCCGCCUUCAAGAACCGUCAGCGGGGCGCCGUCCUCACCACGCACUACAUGGAGGAGGCCGAGGCCGUGUGCGACCGCGUCGCUAUCAUGGUGUCCGGCCAGCUGAGAUGUAUCGGAUCCAUCCAGCAUUUAAAAGGGAAAUACGGUCGAGGUUACAGUUUGGAGGUGAAGCUCAGGGAGGAGUUGACGGGGCUCCAGCAGGUGGCGCUGCUGCAUAAAGAGAUCCUCCGAAUCUUCCCUCACGCCGCCAGACAGGAGAGUUUUGCUACUCUGAUGGUUUAUAAGAUUCCCAUGGAGGAUGUCAAAUCACUGGCCAAGUCUUUCUCCCAGUUAGAGAGUGCCAAGCAAACCUUCAACUUUGAGGAGUACAACUUCUCCCAGUCGACGUUAGAGCAGGUGUUCAUGGAGUUUGCGAAGGAGCAGGAGAACGAGGAGGACGAGCUGGGUUCCCUCAGCACGACGUUCCAGUGGCAGCGGCUGCGUCAGGACGGCGGCGCCGUUUCAGUCAACCACACGGACAGCAUCGUGCACCAGCUUUAAACUCCCACUUGAGAGGGGAGCAGGCCUUU